UAGCCAAGUGUUUUCGGUCCACUCUGCUCCCCACAAACCCUUGGCAGAUUAAGCGAUUUAAACUGUGGCUGACAGGUGCGACAUCUAGCGAAUGCACUGAAAUUAAACUACUGGGUUCAACCAAUCGCGCGAUAGCUUUCAUAACCUACUUGAUAAAUAUCGUAAACAAGACAACAUGGCGGCUAUCAGUGUAAAAAUAUCGGAGAUACAGAACUUUUUUCAGAUCCAACUGACAGAAAAUCAAAUUCGUGGGAUAAAGGGCUUAGCGGCUGGCCAGGACGUUUUCGUAGGCACACGGACGGGAAGUGGAAAAUCUUUAAUUUACGAAAGUUGUCCAAUUAUCUUUGGCGAGUCGAGUGUGUGUGUGGUAAUAUCCCCACUUCUCAGCAUCAUGAAAGAGCAGGUGAAUAGACUAUCUGGUCUAGGUUUGAAAGCAACAUAUAUUGGGAAAAAAGAUUGCUGUAUAGACGACGUUACGAGGGGAUAUUAUCAGUUUGUCUUUGGAAAUCCUGAAGUGCUGGUUGGAAACGACAAAUGGAGAGGAAUAUUUCGACAUCCCGAAUUUUCUCAACGACACAAGUUGACAGUUAUUGAUGAGGCACACACAGUUUAUCAAUGGGGCGAGAAAAAGGAUUCUGAUGAUGCCUUCAGGGAACAUUUCUCAAAGAUCGGCGAGUUGAGGUCCCUCAGUUUGAACAUUCCACUACUCUCUCUUACAGCAACCGCAAGUCCGUCAAAUAGGAAACGAAUCCUGAAAAGUUUAUGUUUCCGUGAUAAUCACAUUGUAAUAAUUGACAGUCCUGACAGACCAAACAUCAAGAUUAAUGUUAAAUGUGUAAAAAAUAAUUCUGACAUUAGUGACAUAUUUUCAUGGGUUAUUGACGAACUCAACUCAAGGAAAAAAAUGCACAAAGAAUUGUGAUAUUCUGUGAAAGCAUUAAAGACUGCGCCGUUCUCUACACCAUGUUCAGACGGAAAUGUGAUGCUUCUUUAGUACAAAUGUUCCACAGCAAAACCGCAGAGCACAUCAAGGAAAAAAUUCGCAUUGAUAUGGAGUCAGAAGAUGGCCAAAUUAGGGUCCUUAUUAGUACAAAUGCUGCAGGAAUGGGAGUGAACUUUAAAGGCCUGCAUAAUGUUGUUCACUAUGGACCUCCACGUGACCUUGACACACUAGUACAGCAAAUGGGCAGGGCAGGAAGAGAUGGUGAAUUCUCUGUUGAAUUAAUUUUAUACAAAAAUCAUAAGGGACAUUUAAAAAAAAUAGACAGCGACGUUCUUUCAUUGAUAAAAUCAGAGGAUCAGUGCCGAAGAAACAUUUUGUGUAAAGCAUACAACGCUCAUUCACACAUUUUUGAACACUUGCAUGAAUGUUGUGAUUUUUGUGAAAAGACCUGCAAAUGCUUAGACUGUCCUAGGCUAUCUCAUCCUGUAUUUAAUGCAAUUGAGCCACAGGAAGAGGACGCAUUUCAACGUGAUGUGACUGAUGAGAAUAAGAUAACUCUCAAACAUAAACUAGAACUUUUACAAAGUAAUCUACCUAAGUUAUUUGGCAACAAUUCGGAACUAAGUGUAGAAACUAUUAAGUGUAUUACUGACAAUUGUCACAGAAUAUUUACAACAAGCGAUGUGAUGGAAUAUGGAACAAUCUGGCUGCUCGACACUGCUGAACAA